GCCGCGUCCCGUGUGACGUCACCUCAGGGACGGCCAGCUAAUGGAGUCAAGCGGACACGCCGACGCGAAAAGACUUCUGCGAAAACGAAACCGCUGCCGGUGUAAAUAGGAGUUGUUGUUUCACCUGAAAUAGUUCACGCACGCUGUCGGGGCUGAAAUGACCGCGGAGGAAUAGUUGAAUGCGAAACAAUUGGCUCAUUUGCAGCUGACUCUCCGUUUCAGCACGAAGGCCUAUGUAGCUAGUUAGCUUCAGCUAGUUAGCACGUUAUUUAACGCUAACCACAGCUGCGGAAUGGUGCUUUAAUGUUUAACCUGUAACGCCCUGCGUGUGUCCUGCCAACAAGACGGUUUAUUUUGCCUUUCUAACGACGAUGGCGGAACACGACUCGGAAGCAAUGCAGCAGAAUCUGGACAGGAGCUGCUGGGUGUGCUUCGCCACGGACGAGGACGACCGCACGGCGGAGUGGGUGCGCCCGUGUCGCUGCCGCGGCUCCACCAAGUGGGUGCACCAGGCCUGCCUGCAGCGCUGGGUGGACGAGAAGCAGCGGGGCAACAGCACGGCACGCGUGGCCUGCCCACAAUGCAAUGCAGAAUACCUCAUUGUCUUUCCCAAACUGGGCCCCGUGGUUUACGCUCUGGACCUUGCCGACCGCCUCAUCUCUAAGGCCGGCCCCUUCGCCGCCGCCGGCAUCAUGGUGGGCUCCAUCUACUGGACCGCAGUCACCUACGGAGCCGUCACCGUCAUGCAGGUGGUGGGCCACAAGGAGGGCCUGGACGUCAUGGAGCGGGCCGACCCCCUGUUCCUGCUCAUCGGCCUGCCCACCAUCCCCGUCAUGCUGAUCCUCGGCAAGAUGAUCCGCUGGGAGGACUACGUCCUGCGCCUGUGGAGGAAAUACUCCAACAAGCUGCAGAUCCUCAGCAGCAUCUUCCCAGGGAUCGGCUGCCCGGUUCCUCGCAUCCCGGCGGAGGCCAGCCCCCUGGCGGACCACGUGUCGGCCACGCGGAUCCUGUGCGGCGCGCUGGUCUUCCCCACCAUCGCCACCAUCGUGGGGAAGCUCAUGUUCAGCAGCGUCAACUCCAACCUGCAGAGGACCAUCCUGGGGGGGAUCGCCUUUGUAGCCAUCAAGGGGGCGUUUAAGGUUUACUUCAAACAGCAGCAGUACAUGAGACAAGCCCACCGCAAGAUCCUGGACUUCCCCGAGCCGGAGGACGCCUGAGGAGGCGCCGCGGGACGGACGGACUAAAGAGCGGGAUGUGCUGAUGAGACAGACUUAUGAUCGGUGUCACCCUCACACACCACGUGCCUCCCCCACAAAUCACCCUUCCUGGAUGGUGCACGGAGUCAGAGCACCGUUGUGGACAUUCGUUCGAAGCGCCGCCGCCGCCCCCCCCCCGCCCCCCCCAGACGGAGGCGUAUGGUGGGUCUGGUCGCCCCCACCUCCCCCACAUUGUUUUCAAUCUCCUGAUGCUUUUGUGAGGGGAAGACUGAUAAGACUUGUUGACACAGACCGGAGCAUGUUUUGCAGUCAGUGUACACACACACACACACACAACAAGGCUCUGUGUCUGGAGGGAGGGGGGGCUACAACAACAACUACCAUAUAUUGAAGUCAUUGUGAACCUGUAUUUUUAAGAAAGCAUGUGUAAUUAGUUUUAUAAUAAUACAUAACUGUUUUAUAACAUUGUUUUGCAUAUUUGAAAGAGUCCCCUUCACCAAUGUUAGCAGAGUGUAGAAUGUAUUCAUGAGUGGUGACGCAGAACAUUCAGCACCACCAGGAAGCAUUCAGACAAACCUCGUCUCAUAUUUAGCGAAUGAGGAUCCAGCAGAAUGCCGCUGUAAAGGACUCGCACGGCCCCCCCAGAGGACCACCUGGACCCUGCAGCUGCUCUGUGGUUCACGCGCCUUGGCAGCGUUGCAUUGAUUGUCGUAGCUUUAUUUCCAUCUCCACUGAGACGCUGGCCCAUAAAGCACGGUGCUUUAGUUCUUCUCCCCCCCCCCGGCGUGUGAUGAUGGGCUGCCGGGUGAAGUGCGGCUCGGGUCCGACUUAGUGGGACCUGCGGCGCUGGUGACUGGGGAGCAGCGGCCGGGCGGCGCUCACACCUCAAUGGCUUUUACAAAGUUUUACGUAAUUUCCAACAUCUCUUCAGUAGAACAAACGCAAUGAAUAAUAAUGUUAACGGACCCAAUUUAUUAUGACCGUACAAAAUAAAAGUAUUGGGGUAGCAAUGGAAAUCCUAAAACCUGGAAAAAUCCAAUACUACAUGUGAGGAUCGUGUGAACACGGCACUGCGUGAUGUCAAUGUUAAAGCGGAGAACGGCGGCCAAACUUUGUUUUCUGACUCGGAGUCACAAAAUAAUCAUUCAACAUUGAUAUAUAUGUAAACGUAUAUAAAUAUAUACACAGAUACUGUGGCGGCUUUGCAGGUGUCCUUCAACCCCCCCACGUAGAUUCACUGCUCUGCUCGGCCAGAAGAGACGCUGCGUCUGCGCCUCAGAGGUUAAGCUGUGACUUGUGUGAAUAAAUGUAUUUUUCCAAUGAC